CGUCGGUCGGUUCGCCCGUUAAUAACACUACCGCAUCACCUCUUCUCUUUUAUAAUUCCUUAUCCAACAACAAGAUGAAAUACCUGAAACUGAAUUUCGGUGGAAACAUGCCGAUCGUCGGCUACGGUACGUGGCUGGUGAGUACAAUAGUUUCAUAUUAAAAUAAUACUAAAAAAUAAAUAAUAUAUUAUCAUCGCGUUCCCGAUAUUUAUAUCAAAUUUUAAAUAAAAAGGAAAAAAACAAUCAUUAGAAAUAUUUUUAUAUUUUUUUUUUUUCGGUGGAAGCGGGAAAGUCGGCAACUUUUGUUAGAAACUUUUAUCCAUCAGUGCCACUAUUGACCACGGGGUCCACAAGCAUAGGCAGAGAUCCUGGAAAAUAUUAGGGGGGCUUCAAUAUUUUGUAUCAUAUAAAGCCACGGGGGCUACGCCUUCACACCCCCAAACGAUUUUCCAAAAAUACUGCAUACUUACCUAACAAUUUAGAUACCUACAAAUAUAAUACAUUUAUUUAAUUAUAAAUAUUAAUAUUUAAUAUAUUAUUUAUUAUUAACAACAAAACUACAAAGAACAUAACCAAUAUUCUAAAAAUACUUCCGUUUUCGAUGUCAAUUAUUAUUUUAUAAGUAGAUUCAAUUCUUCGAUUUGGUUAGACACGACAAGUUAGAAAGUCUAUAGCAAGUUAUUUGUGCGAAAUAUAUACAUGGAUUAAUAUAAGAUUAAAUUGUUUCUGAGAUUAUAUUUCAAAACGUAAAAUAAUUUUUGAUUAUCAGUAUCAAAUUUGUAAAAAUACGUCUUAUUAAAAAAAGGUAUAGAAUAUGUAUACAAUAUACAUAUCAUUAUUAUUAAAAAUAGGUGCAUAUUAUUUUAUGGAGCUUGAAAACAUUUGAGGAAGCUAACCCCCCGUAAGCCCUCCGAUCGCCGUCUAUGUCCAAAAGUACAACAUAAUCAUAUAAUCAUUGAAUGUUAGAAAUGUAUUAUUUUUUUUAUUUAAAAGAACCGAUACCGCCGAUAGGUAAGUUUAUGUUUUGUAAAAUUUGAACGUUGUAAAUGUAGGAUAUAGAAUAAUGUUUUAUUUUAAUUACGAAGUACGAUUCUGUACGGAGUUCGAGUAGAUACAUACAAUAUUUUUGUGCUAAAAUUUAAUUCAAAAAUGUUUAUUAAUUGGUAAUAUAAUCUUGUAAAAAAUAAAUAAUAAAAAAAUCCUGUGUAUUAUACAGAAUUUGUCAUGAUUUAUACAAGUUUCAACAAAAUAAACGUGUGUAAGACAUCAUUAGGUUUAGAAACCGUUCAGAAUACUAAAACGAUUGCUGUAAUUUUUGAAAAAAAAAAACAUGUUUAAUAAUAUUAUUUUUUGUCCUAUAAAGGGUAAGUAUUUAUAAAAAAAAAAAAAAAAACUUUAACCCCUAUAUUAUAGUCACGGCAUUAUAGUUGAACCGCCAAACUGACUGACGAACGAUAAAAAUCAAACGUCAUUCAUUGCAUGGUGUAUUAUAAUAUUUUUGUUUUCGAAUAAUAAUAUCAUUAAUGAUACCAAAAGCGCUGUUUCUGUUUCGUAUAAGGGGAGUGCAAACAUUUUAUGAAGCCGAUGUCCUUCCCCCGCCAGGCGCCGGACCAAUUAUUGUUAAAAUGUAAAUGUGGUUACACAAAAUUUCAAUAAAACAAAUAAAAUAUGAAUAUUUAAACUUAAAUGCCACGACCAUGCUAUCGAUUAACACCUAGGCUAUGGGCCUAAGAACAAAAAAUGCAAGUGUUGAGAGUGCACACUCUGCCCCAUCCCCGAAUAGCGUCCUUAAGUGAUACCUCCAUUAUAAUAAUUUAUAGUAUUAUUGUGUUUCGGUGUUUUGCUGACAAACCAUAAUACGGAUCUGAACAGACGGAAAAAGGCGAAAAUCAAGACGUACGUACACGGUGUUGACGACCGAUACAAACUGUAAUAUAUGUAAUAAUAUACACGCACCCGAUGAAUUUGAUGGCGCAACAAAAAUUGAUUACCGGGGGUUAUAUAUUUCAAAAAAAAAAUCCCAGACGUUUGUUCCGAUAAAUUACUAAAUAGACGAAGCGUGUAAUUUAUUACGCAAAAAUAUUUCAAAUUUGGAUUGGUUUAUAAAAUCUAACCUACCUGCGUGUCGCACCACUUUCUAUUUAGCUGUCUAUAGUAGAAGAUUUUUUUUUUUAUCGUUUAACAAUAAUUAUUUAGCGAAAUAUACUUUUCAAAAAAAAAAAAUAUUUUGCUGAUUUAAAAACAAGUAAAUCUAAAAUUUCACAUUUCAAUUAUUUUUUAUUAAUUACAUUUCACCCUUAUUUUUGGAGGUGAAGCGGCUACCGGCGUUUGAUUUUCUAAUGGUAAACCUAUAUUAAAAGUUCCAUUUAUAGAUGAAGUAUUAAAAAAAAUAAAUUUGGGUAUAGACACUUUUGAUUUCCGUAAACCAAUUUACAGAAUAUUCCAAUUUAAAGUUUAGGUAGGGGGAAAGUAGUAGAGUGGCAUUUGUGUGGCGGCACGAUGUGCGAUGUUUUAUUAGUGCUCCACUACUCUCUUCCUACCUAAACUUAAAAGUGAAAUGUCUCCAAAACGGGUUGACGGAAAUCAAAAAUUUCAAUACGUAAACUUAUUUAUAACGGCCUGUUUCUUAAAUUGUCAACAAAUUAAUUUUUUUUUUUUUUUUUUUUAUAAAAGUCAAAGAGUCAAUUUUGCUAAAUAAUGAAUAUUCAACGAUAAAAGAAUCACCUUAUAUAAUUAUAGCGUUCGUUUGGUGACGUACAAUUCUCAAAAACUAUGCAUAUUGUAUAUUGUAAUACAGUAGGUAAUCUUCGAUGAUAUUGUGUUCAUUUUGGUAAACAAGUUAUUGCGAUUUAUGGAAGUACUCACUAGUACCCGUAUAGGGGCACCUACUUUCGCAGCAAAAUGUUUGUGAAAAAGCGAUCGUUUAAAUUGUAAAUAAUUUAUAGCGUAACACAUAAUUCAUUAAUCAUAUAUAUGCACAUAUUUAAAUACGAUAAUCCAUUGAUCAUGGCACAAUACUAGUAUUAUUAUUAUAUAGAGCUCGAAAGUCAUUAUAGGUACCUAUAAAUAUAUUUCGAAAACCGAACAUAUAAAAAAAUGUCUACAUCGCAUAUACCUACCUACUUGUUUUCCUUGGAAAAAUGAGCAUUUUUUUUAAAAAAAUAUCAUAUUCUUCCUAGUUUGAACAUAAUUUCUAAUACAAAUAACAAAAAAAAUGCAAAUGUAUGCAAUAUGAAUAUGUUUGCAUCUAUUUUUAGAUUUUUUUUUAUCGGCAUCGCCCGAGUUUUUAAAUUAAAUUGAAUAUUUCACUAGGAGGUAAGUACUGCAGCCAGCUCUAUACAUAUACUUUUGUAUCGCGGUGUUCGUACUCGAAAUACACUUUUAAAAAGUCCCUACCUAUUACAUAAUAUUGGUACCUAUAUCCUUAACAAAUCUUAAUUUACCGGUUUUUUCUUUCGAUUUUAUAAUAAUCCCAUAAUUUUAUUCGAUAUAAAUUUUAUCCAGAUUUCUACUACAAAAAUCGAUAUUUAUCAUUGAACAGAAAAAAAAAAUUCAACAACAAUUCGACGAGAUACCGUAUUCUUACGGUUUUUCAUACCUCAUUGAGCCAAAAAAACCUUGGCACAAAAUAAAAAAAAAAAAAAAAAAACUAAGACCUCUGCGGGAAUAAUUAGGACGUAUUCUUACCGAUAAUUCGAUUGAUGUAUAUUAUUAUGACGUAAUAUAUUAUUGUAUUUUUUCCGUUACAUACAUCAUAAUAGUACAUAAUUAGUGUACUUUCGAUAUUGAUUCAACGUCCCGCAAACUAUGACACGGUUUAACUCAUUGAAAUAUCCCCCUAUCCCACACCAGGGGGGCCAGCUGCCGACCGCAUUACAAUAGGUGUAACACGACACUUAUAUACCGAUACGUACAAUCGAUUAUUAUUACGGGUAUUUAAUAUUAAUUUGUUUUAUUAUGCUUGAACAGUAGAAAAUAUGCCGACGAUUAUAAUACCAUAGAGAGAAAACGAUUCUUUGUCAAAAAAUAUUGCAAGUGCGUUCCGCCGAGUGCCGGUACCCGAAGAAUCGAAUCGAUGAUCGGUACAUUUUCGGUUUAACAAAAGCAGAGUAGAGUUAGAUUAAUAACUAUCGGUGUGUUUUUAUUUAUUUGUUUAUACGAAUAAACGGCAUUCGGUUUUUUUUAAAACAAUAAAUAGUUAUUAUAAAAUUAGCGGGGCUAAUGACGAAUGAAGGAAACACCAAUAUGAUAAUGAUAAUAAUUAUAAUAAGAGGUACCUAACUAAAUGAACAUCACAAUUAUUACACUCGGUUGGAUUGCCACAAAGAGAUUAAAAUAAAAAACCAUAAUUUUGAAAGGUUGAUGGUUCCAAAUAUCUGGCAGCAUAAAUUAACAGACACAAUAAAUAGUAUAAGUAAAUAGUGGAUGUUAUUUUGCAUUGUAGAUAACCUUAAGAGGACAUGGUACCCGCAUGAGUCAGCUCCGUCACACAAACGUACGGUAUAGCAAAUUUGCGUUCGGCAGGGACAACUGUGGGCUGUUAGUUUUAGGAGUAAAUGGAUUUAUUAUCAAACUUAAAUAUGACAUCAUUAUUUGUGCAACGCUGGCGCUAUUUUCGGGUAAUUUCAUUUUUUAAGCGAAGUAUAAAAUAAACGUUUUUAAAUUUUGAUAUUUCCCAUACUCGUACCAAGUGAUCCAUUUAAGUGUCUUGGAAAGUAUUAACUUUUUCCGAAAUUUGUUUCCUAGAAUAUUGAAUAAACAAGCUGCUCUACAAUUGUAUAUGUACGUUAUUUUUUGUCACCCUUAUUUUUACAUGUAAAACCACUACCACUACUUUUAGUUUCCAAAUGGCAAAUCUAUAUUUAAAAGUCCAUAAAUAGAUGGACUAUUAGUUAAAAUACAUUUUAGCGUUGAAAUAUUUGAUUUUCGUCGAUCCUUUUACGAGAUAUUCCACUUUUAAGUUUGGAUUAGAGGAGAGCAGUGGAGUGUCAUUUGCGAUGCGGUGCGACGCGCGGCAUGUUAAUAAUGUACCACUACUUUCCUCCAAUCUAAAAUCUCUCUCUACUCAAAUCGUGAAAUUCUACGUUUUCCCACGUUUUUUCCUACUUCAAUGUUUUUAUUUAAAAAAUAGUGUCAAAAAUCAAAAAAUUACCUCUUUAAAGUACCUAUUAAGAGAACCUGAGCUUUCAGAAAUGUUGCUACACGUAAAAAUCGGAGCAAAUUUACUAGAAAAAAACCUGUUCACAAACUAGAACAAAGAAUAAAAAAAAUAAGCAAAUAAACAGCAUUGUAAAACCAAUAGCUCCCUCGCUACGCUCGGAAUAUAAAAAUGGUACAUACUACGUUUAUUAUUAAAAUUUCGCAUUUAUAAGGCGCUUCCUUUUGUGGAUCUUUAUGGGAUAUUUUUAAAUCUAACUGCAUAUUUUACUAAAACAUGUUGGAACUAUUAGAAUAGAUUUUUAAAAUAAAACACGUUGUAUAUACUAGGUAUUCAAUUUGUCACGUUUUAUCGCACGACAUAUUGUAUUUUGAAUAUAAUUUUUCGAUUAAUUUAUUCAUUUUAUCGUAAUAUUAUUAUAAUAUAGGCCAAGGACAGUGCGUUGAUAGAUGCGUUGAACGAAGCGCUUAAUUGCGGCUACCGUCACAUCGAUACGGCGACCGCUUACGAGAACGAACACGUCAUCGGCAAGGUUUUAAACGAGUGGAUCGCUUCGGGCAAGGGGACCAGGGACGAACUGUUUAUCGUCACCAAGGUACUGUUAAGAUAAAAAAAAAAAACACAAUGCACUUAUAAUUUAAAUUACUUAUAUCCGUAAAGCUUCCGCCUUACGCAAAUCGGGCCAGCGAUGUGGAAGAGUGUCUAAAAAAAUCCCUACAAAGCUUACAGUUGGACUAUGUUGAUUUGUAUUUGGUACAUACGCCUUUCUCCGUGAUCGCCACGGACGAUAAAUCGAAUCUCGCCGCGAUGAAUCCCGACAACACCACGGACCAUCUGGCUACUUGGAAGGUACGUCAGAAAAAAAAACCUAUUAAAAAAUGUAUUUCGUACAAUUUACGAAUUUGUUGUAUAGGUUAUGGAGAAACAAGUAUCAGACGGCCGGACGAAGGCCAUAGGUGUGUCGAACUUUAACAUAAAACAAAUCCAGAGAUUGCUGAACAACUGCUUGAUCAAACCGGCCAAUUUACAGAUUGAACACCACUUGUACCUCCAGCAGCCCGAACUUGUAGAUUUUUGCCGAAAAAACGACAUCACUGUGACCGCGUACUCGUGUCUAGGUACAAAAGGCAAUCGCGAUCUAAUCGGCAUGAAAUGGAGGUAACGUACUCAUCGUUUAUUUCGUAUAAAAAACAUGCAUUUUGUCGAAUUUUAAUAUUUAAAAGCCAACAUAUAUGUACUUCUCAUCAUGAGUGUUAGGCAUUUGCCUUUAUAUGAGUGAGCGACAAAGUAGAAUAAAUGACUGAUUUAUAAUACACGUACUGUAAACCACGCUAAAUCAUUGCAAAUAAAAAAAUGAUUCUGAGAGUGAAGGGUAUGUAAUAUUGAGCAUUUUUAAAAUUUUUUCAAAUUAAGUACCACAGAAUGAAGAUUUAGUAUCAUUUAAGGGAAUACAUGAACAAAUUUGAGCUUUUUCACUAACCUAAUAAGUGUUUUCCGAAAAAAAAAAAUACAUCCAAUUAAAAAAUUAGUUUUACUAUAAGGUGUAUUCUAAAACAUAUUGUGCUUCAUCAUUUUUUUUCCAACAAGUUAACUGUAAUAAAUAUCAUAACAUAUGAUACACAGUAAACAUUACUCUAUUGCCCUCCAAAUUUAGCCUAACUUUCCAUGCACUGAUUAUCAAAUAAAAUUCUUACUAAUCCAACAGUGAUUGUCCAUUGUGUAACAUCUAUUGACUUUUAUUGGUUUUAUAUACUGCAGUAAAGAACUGCCAGAAAUGCUGGAAAACGACUCGGUGCUGAAAAUAGCGGAAAAACAUGGCAAGUCGCCAGCCCAGGUCAUAUUGCGGUACAUCGUCCAGAAAGACGUCGCCGUUAUACCAAAGAGCACCAAUCCACAACGGUUGGCAGAAAACAUUCAGGUAAGUACAGUUCGUCUUUGACGUGAGCAGAGACAAAUUGGAAUUUUCGUGACAUCGUAACUAUGUCUUUUUUAUUUUUCGGUAUAGAUUUUCGACUUUGAAUUGGACGCGGCAGACGUGGAAACUCUGCGGGAACAAGACGCCGGCGAAGGAGGACGUAUCGUGUGGUUCGAAUUCUUCAAGGGGUAAGUGACGACGGUGCUAUUUAUUAUUUGCGCUAUUUUACUGUCGACGUUCUAUCGUCGUGUAUCAAUUAUUUUCAAUGACGAAAAACGAACAGAUUAGAAAUAUUUAUCUAGUCCAAUUUCGCUACAUACUUUAAAAUUUUCACUUCAUACAAGCCUCGACUUUUGAGCCUAUGUAUAUCGUACAUAAUAUUUAUACUAAAUUCAUGUAAAUUAAUCCUCCCGAUUUCUGGUAACCAUCUGUAUUAAUCGAAUUUAUAUAUAAGUAAAUAGAAAAUAAUCAAACACGAUAACGAAGAUACCCUUAAUUCAAUUUUUCAGGAUCAGCGAACAUCCAGAAUAUCCGUUCUCGAAAGAAGCUUGAGACGGUAUACUCACAUGAUCUAACUGUGACAAAGACACAAACGGAACGCACUCAAACGAUACUGUCCACAAUUUUCAUGUUCAUAAUUACGUAUAGUUCACGGGACGUUCGUUGGCACGUAGGUCCCACCCGAAAACCAACCAACGUUGAAAUGUCAAAAAAAAAAAAUGUUUUGCUGUUAUUAUACUUAGAUAGGUAUAAUAGAAAGAAAAUAAUUUUAACAUGUUUAGUAUAAUAAACGCUCGUUAAUGAUUACUCUUACACUCUCGUGACGGCCGCCGUUUAUUAUCAUUUACGAAAUAAAAUUAUUUACUUUAUUUACAACAAAUAUACCAUAAAUA